UUGUUCCCUCCACUAACGACACCAAAAUGUACAAUGAGUGGGCAUCCAAGAACAGGUUUCAGAUUGGCGAUGCCAUCCGCUUCAAGUACAAGAAAGAUUCAGUCAUGGCGGUGAGUGAUUCAGAUUACAAACGGUGUAAUUCAACUUAUCCCAUCUUCUUCUCCAACAACGGGAACACGUUAUACAGGUUGGACCAUUCAGGGUUGUUUUAUUUCAUUAGUGGAGCAUCGGGACACUGCGAGAGAGGACAAAAGAUGAUCAUCAAGGUGAUGUCGCCUGAAGAUUCUGAAGGAAGAGAUGAACCCAAUAGUUCCGACGUUGCAGCUCCAGUAGCCGGGGCAUCUACAUUAGUCAUUCUUCAGCUUGUUCUGUCAUUUCUUGGGUUCCAUCUCCUUUAGUUUAUUUUGUUGGUCGGUCUCAUUGUUGUUUAGUUUAGUUCGUUAGGGGUCUCUGCAAUAUAAAGUUCUUUUUGCCUUUU